AACCUCUAGAUAGCGGACCGUUCGGCCGUUCCUGUUCGCGAAACAUUCACUUCCUGGUAGUCGACCGUCAUCGGCUCAGAUCCCGCGCAGGAUCGUUCGAACCUAUGUACGUGCACGCGCUCGGUGCUAGCCCAGGUACUCUGGGCCAUCAUGCCGAGUCUUUGCAAUUUCAUAAUUGUCGCAUUCUUCUCCUGUUGGAUUUCGGCUUUGUGUCGCGGGACGUUCGAUGACAACGAUCACGAGUGUGCACGUCCUUGUUCCAACGAGCGAUCUUCGGAGAAAACAUGCGUCUACACUUUUUUCGUCACAGAAACGCACAUCCCGCCAAGUUUCUGCAACAAAUCCGAGGACAAGGACGAGAUUUUUGCUUGCGCAAAUCAUACCGCGGGAGAGAGUCGUUUGGCGAUUAACGGGAAAAGCCCGGGGCCAGCUAUACAAGUUUGUCUGGGAGACACGAUCGAGGUGGUCGUUUACAACAAAUUAGGAAACGACGAAUUAACUGUCCAUUGGCACGGAAUCCGGCAGAAGGGCUUUAACCACAUGGACGGUGUGCCCAUGAUAACACAGUGCCCUAUUUUACCCUUCAGUGGUUUCCGUUACAAAAUACAUCCGGAAAGCGCGGGAACGCAUUUCUAUCACGCUCAUUCAGUCUCGCAACAGGGCGACGGGGUGUACGGGUCGUUGACAGUUCGAGGACCACGGGAUGACCCCAGUCUGGAAAGGAUACUUGUACUGUCAUCAAGGCCGCCGACUCCGCUGACACGACAAUCGCGCCUGCUGCAUCCACCUACACCGGGCGAGCUCCUCGUAAACGGCCAGGCGCGGGAAUUGACGCUACGAGUGAGGCAUGGUCUUCGCUAUUUACUGCGUCUCGUUAACGCCAAUGCACACGAUUGUCCCGUGUUGCUGUCCCUCCACGGCCAUUCGCUUCGAGUAUCGGCCGCUGAUGGCAACCCUGUACAAUCGAUGACGGGCACGCAUGUCGUUUUAUUUCCAGGUACCCACGGGCUUUGGGACGGUCUGGGCACUAGUGGGACGCGCGUCGGCAUGGAGUGGACCCGCGACAAGACCCUGGAGCUGCUGCGCGAGUACCAACAACGGCGCGUUCUCUGGGACUGGAACGCCCGCGGCUACCGGGACCGCGCGAAGCGCAAGCGAGCCAUCCAGGAGCUCGCCGAGAUCCUCUGCUGCAACACCCUCGAGGUCGAGAAGAAGAUCACGAAUCUCAAGUGUCAGUAUUCCCGCGAGGUGCACAAGAUCCAGAACAGCCGCGACGCCGCCACCGGUCCCGACGAUGUAUAUGUCUCUAAGUGGUUCGCCUUCAAGGCCAUGCAGUUCCUACAAUUCGGCACGCGCAGAUAUAGCAAGCGGAAGAAGAAAGUCCAGGUGUCAAAGCUGCAAGAGGAGCACAUUGUCAGUGACAUCGAUCCGGAGAGCAUCACAUUCAUCGACUGCAACGAGGAGACGAAUGGCUCCGGCACCGGUUCCUUCAACGCCUCGCUCAGCGAAGACGCCGAAGAAUCUUCGUCGUCCAGCCUAAAGGCGAUGGAGUUGUACAACGGCUCUCUGCCGAGCCAAGACAGUCCUCCCGCCGAUCUCGAUAGCCCGACGAAGCUGGAGGCCGGCCCCGACGAGAAACAGCGGAAAAAGACGAAGGAGGAGUUCGCCAAGUUCGGCGAGAGCAUCGCCGUGCAGCUCGCCGAGAUCCCCGACUCGUACUCGAGGUCGGUCGCGAAGCUUAGGAUUAAUCAGAUCCUCUUCGAGGCGGAGAUCGGGGUCUACGCGCAAACGCGCGAAAGGCUCGAUGGCGUUCUAGCGGCGGAUCAGGCGAUUGGCAAGUAUGCACUUGAUAUACAGGGUCUCCGGGAUUGUCGAGAUAUGCGACACGAGACGUAUAUCUUUUACGAAGAUGCGGCGUUGGACUCGUACACGUUAAGGACCGCUGAGAGCUUCGACGAGCAGGCACUCAAGAUCGCCGAGAGUGGCCAUCAUUGUCACAGAAUAUCGAAAAACAUCGUUUGUUCGUUGGAUCUGAAGAGUACAGAGCUGUCACAGUUGGAUGAGAAAGCGGACGAGACGAUCUAUGUGCCCUUCGAUACGAAUACCUUCUCAUUCACGGACGAGAUGACAGACUAUUCUUACAACAUUCACGUAUCGAGAUACUAUCCAGCCUACUUGAGUUUAGAAAAAAGCGCGACGAAGAUACCGCAGAUCAACGGCAUGUCGUUCAAGUAUCCUUCGUCUCCGAUACUGUCGCAACCGGAAGAGACCAUGGAGAAAUCGAUAUGCACCCUCGACGAACGCUCCAGCGAGUGCGCUGACACACCGUUGUUCUGCGAAUGCCUGCAGUUGAUUCAAAUUCAACCGCGAAAAACGGUCGAGAUUGUGCUGAUAGACGAAGGUUUAGGAAGCAACGUGUCGCAUACGUUUCAUUUACACGGUUACAACGCUAGCAUCAUGGCCCGAGAGAGUUUCGAGCGGCCUAUUACCAAAGACUAUGUCGUAUCCCUGGACCGUGACGGGAGGAUACACCGAAAUCUCGUGAAUCCGGUGCAGAAGGACACUUUCGUCGUGCCGAAUAAGGGUUAUGUCAUUCUUCGUUUCUACACCGACAAUUUAGGCUAUUGGUUGUGGGAGGCGAGAAACACCGCAAUAUAUUCUCAACUGUUCGGUCCAGGAAUACAAUUUCUGAUGAGAGUCGGACUUCAUCGAAAUCUACCGCCUGUACCGAUCGACUUUCCCAGUUGUGGGAAUAACAAAGGCAUAGAUUUAUUAUUCGAAAAUUCCUAAUAUUUACUUAUGCUUGAUGCAUAUGACACGAUAUAUUGAAUUAUAUCAAAUAUUGUUAUAGUUAAGUUUACAUUGUUUCCUCCCUUGUUCUUUGUACUUAAAAGAAAUUUAUAUAUUAGAUUUAACUGGUUUUUGUUACUUUAAGUAUAUUUUUGUUACUUUAAGUAUAUAUAUAUAUAUAUACAGCAUGUAUCUACUGUGUCCUCAACAGUCAAAAAAUAAUAUAGACAGAAUCCUCUGUGAAGGAAAACACA